AUGAAGAUCACUGAAAAGUUGCAGAAAGCCGAAAAGGAAGGUAGAACCUUUUGGAGUUUCGAGUUUUUCCCUCCCAGAACUGCUCAGGGUUUACAAAACCUCUAUGAUCGAAUAGAACGUAUGCGUAAUCUCGGUCCGGAAUUCAUCGAUAUCACUUGGGGAGCAGGAGGAAAGAACGCAGAUUUGACUAGCUCUCUCGUUCAAGUAUGUCAGGAGACGAUCGGGAUUGAAACUUGUAUGCAUUUGUGCUGUACCGAGAUGCCAAAGGAAAAGGUAGAAUGGGCUUUAGCACAAGCAAAGCAACAUGGAUGUCAGAAUAUCCUCGCACUCCGAGGAGAUCCGGUAGCAGGUACAUCCAAGUGGGAACCUACUCCUGGAGGAUUUACCAAUGCUGUCGAUCUUGUCAAACACAUCCAUGAACAUUAUCCCGGUGAUUUUUGCGUGGCUGUCGCAGGAUUCCCUCAGGGUCAUCCAGAGACGCCUGAAGGGGUAGAAGGAGCCAGACAGGAAAUUCAAUGGUUGAAAGAGAAAGUGGAUGCUGGUGCGGAAUUCAUUUUCACUCAAAUGUUCUACGAUACUUCAAUUUUCUUCGAUUGGGUCAAAAGGGUCAGAGAAGCUGGUAUAACUGUACCGAUCGUCCCUGGAAUUAUGCCUAUACAAAAUUGGGAAAAAUUCGAAAAAUGGGUUCAACGUGAAAGCAUUGUCGUCCCUCAACAUUUCUAUGAUGCUCUCAGACCGGUUAAAGGAGAUGAUGAGAGAGUUAGACAAGUAGGAACCAAGUUGGUCGCUGGAAUGUGUAAAGAGAUCCUGGCGAAUAAAGAAGCCGGCAUAAAAGGAUUACAUAUUUACACGUUGAAUUUGGAAAAAGGAGCUAGGAUGUUACUUCAGGAACUAGGAUUGGAAGGUAGAAGAGAACAGAUUGCUCCCUUGCCUUGGAGACCUUCUUUGACUCCUCAUAGGAGAUCGGAGUCGAUCAGACCUAUCUUCUGGGCAAAUCGAGUACAAUCCUAUCUAUCGAGGACCGAUGAGUGGGAUGAAUUCCCUAAUGGAAGAUGGGGAGAUUCACGUUCUCCAGCUUAUGGUGAUUUGGAUGGUUAUCCCGUCUCGAUCAAUAUCAACGCAAACGACGCAUAUAACCUUUGGGGUCACCCAACUACCUUCUCAGAGAUAUGUGAUUUAUUCGCACGAUUCUGCAGAGGUGAUCUAGCGAAAUUGCCUUGGUCAUCUCAACCUCCUGCAUCAGAAACUUCCGUGAUCGAUGAACAACUAGCCAAGAUGAAUGAAUUGGGAUACUUGACGAUCAACUCUCAACCUGCUGUCGAUGGUGUACCAAGUGAGGAUAAAGUACAUGGAUGGGGUCCUACAGGUGGAUAUGUCUACCAGAAGGCUUACUUGGAAUUCUUCGUUUCGCCUGAAUUGCUCAACCCUCUGAUUCGACGAAUUGAACGGGAUCCCCGAAUCACCUAUUACGCUGUGAACAAACAGGGUGAUCUGAGGACAAACACGCAUAGUGAAGGUCCUAAUGCUGUGACUUGGGGUGUCUUCCCUGGAAAGGAGAUUGUUCAGCCUACUAUCGUUGAAGCCGUCUCGUUCAUCGCAUGGAAAGACGAAGCAUUUGAACUCGGUUUACAAUGGGCGAACCUUUACCCACCUGGCUCUCCAUCCCGAGAACUCAUCGAAUCGACUAUGAACAGUUCUUAUCUCGUUAACAUCGUCGCCAACGACUUCAGAGAUGGAAUGUCGAUAUUUGAACCUUUCUUACUUGAUGAACAAUCAACAAGUAAGAUUGGCAAAGUGGUCGAUGUUGCUCAACAAACUGCCAAUGGAGUACUGGAUGGGCUGAACGUUGUGGUGGAAAAUGUGAAGAGUGCUGUAGGAGCCAACGGUCAUCCUAAUGGUGUCGCCGUUAAUGGUCAUUAA